AGUAGAUAAUAAUAUUGUUGUUGACAAAUUUGGCCACAUCCACCAGGAACUUUGUUCAGAUAAAUGGCCAAUAAAUAGAUAAUGUUUGUAUGAUUUGGUUAUCUAAUUAGCAAAUACAAUGUGGGUUAAGCCUGAGGAGGUGCUACUUGCAAAUGCCCUUUGGGUGAAUGAAAGAGCAAACCCAUAUUUUGUACUACAGAAGAGAAAGGGUUAUGGUGGGGGAGGAUUAGCUGGUUUGUUGGUUGGAACUAUUGAUACAGUUUUAGAUAGUAAGACCCCACCAUAUAGGAUAUUACAUCAAACACCUGGUUCAGAAUUAAGUUACUAUAUAUCUGAAGCCAACAAUAAGAAGGAAAUUAGUAAAGAUUGGGAAUGGAUAGAACAAAAUUUGAUGCAAACACUAGCUGCGUUUGAGAAUGAUGAAGAAGCAACUGAUUUUGUACGAUGUAAGAUAGAAAGUCUGGUGGCUAAUAUUGUUGAAAUCAAGGAAGAUGAUGAGACACAGAGAUUUGUUACUGCUACCAGAAAGUUCAGAAAACUCUUCAAUAUGCCAAAAGAAGAAAAACUGGUUAACUAUUAUUCGUGUAGUUAUUGGAAAGGGAAAGUACCAAGACAGGGUUGGAUGUAUCUCAGUAUUAAUCAUCUGUGUUUUUACUCAUUUUUAUUGGGAAGAGAAGCAAAGGUUAUUAUACGAUGGACAGACAUCACUAAAUUAGAGAGAGAUAAUAAUAUGUUGUUUCCUGAUACAGUUAAAAUAUCAACUAGAGAGGCAUCUCAUUAUUUCUCCAUGGUGAUGCACAGUAGUGAGAGUUACAGAUUAAUUGAACAGUUGGCUAAUAUGGCUAUGAAACAGUUAAUGCAAGAAGGAGGAUUUGAAGAAGAUAAAAUGAUUUCAUUUAGAACCAAAAAAAAGACCUCGAAGAAGAUGUCAUCGUUAAAAAGAGAUUUAGAUGCACGAGCCAGAAGUGAAGCAUUCAGACAAGCGUUCCAGUUACCUGUACAUGAGAAAUUAGAUGGUGAUGAAGAAUGUACAUUAUGGACACCAUAUAAUAAACAACAUGUUAAUGGUCGAUUAUAUCUAUCUUCUAACUUUAUCUGUUUCGCCAGCAGGGUGAGAGAUUUAGUAACAGUUAUAAUACCAUUACGUGAUAUACAGGUAGUAGAAAAGGUAGAUAACUCUGCUUCUGGUAAUCUGAUAUAUAAUGCUGUACUAGUCACUACUAAAGGAAAGAUGAGUUUUACAUUUGCCCAGUUCAGUGAUCGAGAUUUUAUUUUAGAAAGAAUAUCAGAUUUUCUCUUCAGACAACCUGAAUCUAAAUGUCGAACUAUAAGUCAGAGUGACGAUAGUGAAGAACAGAUUAAAUUUCAACCAGCUUUGAUUAGUUUAUUCUGUAGACGAGAAUCAGACGAUCUUUCGCCAAAAGAAACAGUUAAAAUGCACUUAUGGGACGUUCACUUUGCAGAGUAUGGAAAGGGAAUGUGUAUGUAUCGAACCCAUCGAACACAAGAACUAGUAUUAAAAGGCAUUCCUGAUAAAUAUAGAGGUGGAAUGUGGAUGGUCUUCUCAGGGGCAGUUAAUGAGAUGGCGUCUAACGAGGGUUACUAUGGUAAAAUUGUACAAGAAAGUUUGGGUAAAUCUUCUAUAGCUACAGAAGAAAUAGAAAGAGAUCUACAUAGAUCUUUACCAGAACAUCCAGCAUUUCAGAAUGAUUUGGGUAUAAGUGCAUUAAGAAGAGUUUUAACAGCUUAUGCUUGGAGGAAUCCUAAUAUAGGUUAUUGUCAAGCUAUGAAUAUAGUAACAAGUGUAUUAUUAUUGUAUACCAGUGAGGAAGAAGCCUUCUGGUUACUAACAGCGAUAUGUGAAAGAUUAUUACCAGAUUAUUAUAAUACUAAAGUUGUAGGAGCUCUUAUAGAUCAAAGUGUAUUUGAAGAUUUAAUUAGGACGUAUUUACCUAGUAUGCAUGAUAAAUUAGAGACCCUGGGUUUACUCAGUAUGAUAUCUUUAUCAUGGUUUCUGACUAUCUUCCUCAGUGUUAUGCCAUUUAGCUGUGCUGUAAAUAUUUUAGAUUGUUUCUUCUACAAUGGAGCUAAGGUAAUGUUCCAAAUAGCAUUAGCUAUAUUAGAUGAGAAGAGUGAUCAGUUAUUAGCAUGUAAUGAAGAUGGUGAAGCUAUGACUAUAUUAUGUAAAUAUUUAGAGAAUAUAACUAAUGAAGAUUCGACUAUACCAACAGUUAAACAUAUAUCAUCUUUAACACCUAGUGGAGAUGUACAGUCAUCUGUAGAUGUGACUGGUUUAAUAGAACAAAGUUAUAGAUUAUUUGGUAAUAUCAGUAAUCAGGUGGUGGAUAAAUUACGAUUACAAUACAGAUUACGAGUUGUUCAGACUAUUGAAGACAGUACAAAGCGUAAUGUAUUAAGAAGUGUUGCAUCAGAUACAUUAUGUAAAGGUAAAGAACUGGAUGAUCUCUAUAUUUUAUUUAAGGAGGAAUAUUUAACAUCAUGUUAUUGGAGAACAAGUCAACAACCAGUUGAUACAGCUGAUAAAUUUGAUCCAUCACGACCAUAUUAUGAACAAUAUAAAGUUGAUUAUGAUCAGUUUAAAACAAUGUUUCUGUCUCUAUCACCAUGGGCAACUGGUUUACAUGCUGGAGUUCUCUCCCUUAGAGCUUUCAGGUAUCUUGAUGAGAAUAAAGAUAACAUGAUCAAUUUUAAAGAGUUUGUACAUAUAAUGGGUAUAAUGUGUAAAGGUAGCGUAGCUCAGAGAUUAAAGUUAUUAUAUUAUUUACAUCUACCACCAGCUUUCGUUAAUGAUGACGAGGAGGAAGAAGUUGAGACACCAACUUCACCAAAUACAGAUUCUACAGAAAGUGGGGUGGAGGCCGCCGAAUUCUUUGAAGAAGAUUCAGAUUUAAACUCGACAAAAGAGGAUUCUGAAGAUUUAGAAUUACCAAGUCCACUACCAGAUACAACACAAGUACCAGAUAUAAAAAAGGAUAAAGAGAGUGAAAUCAAGGAUAAGGACAGUCAAGUCAAGGACAAGGACAGUCAAGUCAAGGAUAAGGACAGUCAAGUCAAGGAUAAGGACAGUCAAGUCAAGGAUAAGGAUAGUCAAGUCAAGGAAAAAGACAGUCAAGUUAAGGAUAAGGACCCUCAAGUCAAGGAUAAGGAUCAGAGUGAAGUAGAAAGUAAGACUACACCUCCAACAACAUUACCUAUAGAGACAACUGAACCCAAGCAAGUUGAUACUACACUGACUGAUUCUACAGCUAAUACACUUUUACUAGAUAGUUCUACACCUAGUCCAGACUCUAAAUCAGAUGAUUAUGUUCUUGAUGAUGGUAUAUAUGUAAAUAGAAGAAGAAAGAGAACAUUAAGUGAGAGAUUGCAAUCGGACAGAAAGGAAGAUUAUAAAAAUGUUGGUAGGAUGAAUCAGGUUCAGUUUAUACAACUAUGGAAGACUUUAUAUGAUAUGUUUCUCGAUAACAAAGAUCAACAAAAUCUUUAUCAUUCUAUUGCCUCCAUUGGUACACUUCUGCUACAGAUCGGAGAUGUAGGCAAAAGAUUUUAUAUGCAAAAAUCAGUAUCAGAUGAAACACAGAGUUAUGCAUCCGAUGUACCUUUGUCAUCCAGUUUAGAUAGCAGAAGUGACCUGUCUGCUAGUCCAGAUAGCGGUGCCCCCUUUGGUAUGGAUGCGACAGGAGCAGAUAACACCAGUGAUGCUGUUCCUAGCGCAAUUACUGAUUCUGUAGAGACAAUUGAAAAUGAUAAAAUUGAGAAAGCUGGAAACGGUAGUAAUGGUGAAAGUGGCAUAGGUGUGUCCAUGUACGAGAGCCAUCAAUCAUCGGAAUCAACAAAAUCUGCUGGAAGUAAGGCAGAUGGUGAUUGGUCUAUUACAUUUGAACAGAUUAUGGCUUCCAUGUUGACUGAGCCUCCAAUUGUAGCUUAUUUUGAACAGCAGUCGGACAUCUCAGAACCCGUACAACGAAUGAGAAACAGACGCCUGCAGACGAAACAAAGUAGUCCUGCUUUAGAAGCUACUUCAUAGAGUGUUGAAUAUUGUGAUAGGGACCAACUUUUAUAUAUAAAUAUUUAAAAUUGCUUUAUGAUUAUAUCAAAUAAAAAAGAUAUUCUGCUUCCCAGAGGGUGGGGUUGGAUGGUCAAAUAGUUUGUUUAUGCGCGUUGUAUCAUAAGGUCUGUCAUUGAGUCAACUGGUGUGGUUUAGAUUCCGGGCGAAAUUACGCUAAUAGCACACUUUAUGGCGUAGGUAUACCCAUCUUCAUUAGCCAACAAUAAGACGUUAAACCCUAUUUCAUUUUGCAUCUAGUUAUGGGAGAGAAAUGAUGGAAGGAGUGCGUUCACAUUUCUACAGAAUCUGUGCUUUCGGUCAUAGAUUGAGAAAAUAAUUAAAGAUAAAUUAUGUAAGAUUUAGAUAAAGAGCUGGUCAUUCUUGCUAUAAUAGUUCAAAAAUAUGCAAAAUGAAUAUAUUGAAAAUUUCAUUCAAAUAAUUUUAUUCUGAGCCAAGUUAUAACUGUUUGUAGUUUUGACAAGACGUAUGCAUUGAUUGUUUAUUAUCGUAACCAAGGUACUGGUAUAUUUGAUACUUAGUCUUGCUUCUCCUUUUUUUAAAAUUAAAUCAUUAAAUGGCCAAACUGCUCUAAUCUAGUUAAAAUCUCGAGCAUCCGAUGGCUUGUCAUGUUAAUAAAUAUCUAAUUAAUAAUUUAUAUAAUAUAUAAGGCCUAGACAGAUCUACAAUAGGCAAAUUGAGAUCUUGAAUGAUGCAUCUUUAAUGCUUGUAAAUAAACAUGUAAACAGAGGAUGAGAUGUAGAUCCUUGAAAUGUGAAGUUUGUGAUCGGCCACUUAUCCACAUGAUCCUUUGACAAAAUAAAAACACAAAAAUACCCCCCCCACCCCCUCUUCAGAAUAUCUUUUUUGUAUGACCUUGGAUGCAGAUGACAUGAGCUUACAACUUUUAACCCAUGGAAAUAGAAAAUCUAUUCAACUGGCCAUUAAUGUGUUCUGUUAUCAAUAAACAGUCUCGUAUAUAGGGUCUAACAUUAUCGAAAUCCAUUUACUAAAAUAGUCAUUUGAACAGAUUUUAUGGUGUAGGGAAUUCAUUAUUUUAUGUCACCUUUGUGAUUGUGAUUAUAAUUGUCAGCAAUGGUAUUAUAUUACAAAGGUUAGUUGUCAUUAAAGAUACAUUAUGGGAGAUUAGAUAAAGAGCAGGCAGUUCUCAUUAUAAUAGUUAAAAACAUAAAACUAGAUAAUGUAAAGGGAAUUUGCUGAAAAAUUCAGUCAAAUGGAUCCACUCUGAACUGAGAUUUAAGCAAUUGAAUUUUCAGCCUAGCCUCGAUUACUAAAGUCGGUACGAUAAAACAUAUAGUCUUGAUUAUCCAUUUUAUGAUUACAUUAUGAAUGGAAGUCGAACAUCAAACCGUAACCUAAUCCAAUAAACAUCGCAGACUAGCGAUGCCAUCGAGAGUUGAUUAUGGUCUGGACAAGUUAAUUAGUGUCUAAUUAAUAACUUAGAUAACAUUUAAAAUUUCAGGCCUAAAGAAAGACCUGCAAUAGGCAGAUUUAGCUCUUGCAUAAUGUAUGUUUUAUGGUGACUAAUUUGCUUAGAUAUGAUGUCUUUUUUGCAAUACAUACCCACAAAAUGCUAUCAGAAUUAGCUGCAGAUGUAUAGUGGAAUAUAUUGAUAAUAUUAGAGUACAGACAUUAAAUCUCUUGUGAAAAUCAUAUUUAUUAUAUAAGGCAUUAAUUGUAAUUAGUAGUUAUCGAUUAAUAAAAUAUUGCUUUCAUUGGAAAUAUUGUAGUUUGUUAGAACUUCCCUAACAAUUUUAUUAUGAUUUAAGUAUAUUUAGUAUUACAAAUUAUAAAUCUGCAUUAUAUUUAACCUCAUGGAGUGAGUAAAGUUAUUUCCAUUAACCGGACAUUGGGCAUUACAAACAUGUUUAAAUUGCCUAUAUGAGAUUGAGCUUAAAUGAGAAUGUGCAAUAUUUGGGACAUUGACAGCUCACAGCGAAAAUUGCUUCACUAAACACAGCUUUAACUUCUAGUACUUGGGAAUUUUGGUGGUUUAACACGUGCAUGUGAAAUAACAAGAUCUGUCAUUGAGUCAAGUGGAGUGGUUUCGAUUCCCAGCUUGUACGUUAAAAGGAGUAGGGUUGUCUAUCCAACCUCGUGGGUUUUCUCCGAAUUCUCCGAUUUCCUCCCACUGCCAAAAAUCCCAAUGUGCAAGCAAAUAAUUGAAACAUAAUUGAACCAUAUGUUAGUAACGAAAUGACCUAGUUUGUGUCGACUGAAUGUUAAACCCUUUAAAUUGUUAUAAUAAUAUAUUUGUUACAGUUACACUUGUUUAUAUUUUACUAGUCAUUGUAUAGUUACACUGUGUAUAGUUACAUAUUCUAUAUAAAACAUUUUAUACUUAAUUAUUCUGGUGAACUGGUCUUGGCCGACAUUUUUUUUUUCAGAUUGACAAACCUGUUGUUUUCUUUAAAUUACAUGUGAUAUAGUCAGAUAUCUUAAAGAUAGACACCACGAAUAUCAUAUAUAUAUAUACAAAUUAUCAUGUAUUUCCUUUCUAUUGAAGAACUUUUCAGAAUGGAUUGUGAAUUAAAACAGUGAUAAAAAUGUUAGUUAAAUAUACAUAGUCAUAUGUGGUUAGAUACUGAUCAGCCGAAUUUUUUAUUUAGAGCUAAGGCUUUGACAUAUAAUGUCAUUCAUUUAUAUAGUGUUUAUAUAAUUAUAAUAUAGAUUCAGUUGUAGUGCUCAAUAUAUAUUUAUAUAUUAUAUAAACAAUUGUAUAUUCAUGUAUUAUUCUUUUCUGAUGUAUGUAAUAUGAGAUUUUUUUUUUUUUAUAGCAUAUCAUCUCUUGGGAUUUCAAUUGGUUUUAACCAGGCCUGGAAAUUAUGGUGUUUGAUGUAUCUGACAUAAUGUCAAAAGUCAGGCACUGGAACCUGACAUAAUGUCAAAAGUCAGACACUGGAACCUGACAUAAUGUCAAAAGUCAGGCACUGGUACCUGACAUAAUGUCAAAAGUCAGGCACUGGAACCUAACAUAAUGUCAAAAGUCAGGCACUGGAACCUGACAUAAUGUCAAAAGUCAGACACUGGAACCUGACAUAAUGUCAAAAGUCGAACACUGGUACCUGAAAUUUUAAACAUUGUACAUCUAUACUAAUAUUUGUGACUGUCGUUUGUCUGUUUCUGUUCAUGGUUGGCGGCUACACAAGGGGUGUCCCAAGGCUGAAAUGUGGUGUAUAGGGGUAGCUUGGACCAGGUAAUAACAUGAUGGCAUUGGACUACCGCUUAUGGUUUCGGGGUUAUACUACUCUCAACCCAUGCAAUGCCAAUGUCAUCCGCUAAUAUGUUAUAGAUAUAAAUAAAAAAACUGGUAAAAUAUAAAUCAUUGCCUGAUAAAAUGAUAGGUACCAGAGGGAUUGUGCCUGGCAAAGUCUGAAUUUGCGCCUGACAAUGUCUGUGACAGGUGCCUUAUUUCCAGGCUUGAUUUAUUUUGUUUAUAAAACCUGUAGUAUAUUUUAUUGUAGUAAAAACAAGUCGGGGAAUAUCUUUUUUUGAAAUUAUUUCGUUUGGGUAUCCGGACAGAAAAAAUUAUGUUGAUGAUAGAUAUAUUAAUAAUUGUUUUUGAGGGAUCCCUGCUUUAUAUAUUGUAUGUAGGUAAAACCCUAAUAUUUAUAUGUUGUUACAGCAUGACAUAUUUACAUAUUUUGUUCCUUUUCCUUUGGAUGAUAAAGUUUGUCAUUGAGUCAAAUGGUAUGUUUUUGAUUUCACAAUGUGCAUGACAAGGGGUAGGGUUGCUUGUCCAACCUUGUGGGUUUUUUCUGGGUCCUCCUACUGCUAAAGAGCCUUACACUAGCAAAUUAUUGAAAUAAAAUUGAACCAUAUGUUAGCCCAGAAAUGACCUGUUAUAUUUUUUGAUAUAUUAAAUAGUCUUUAUAUUUUUACUCUCUCCAAAUUCAGUAUCUCAAUAUCAAGUAUUAUUUUUCUAUAUUCAUGCUUAAUUAGAAUUAGUUUAAACAGGGUUAAAGGACAUUCAUUACUAGAUGAUUCUGUCAAAAAAAGAGGGUUUCUAGUUCUUCGGAGGGGACUAAAAACCCUUUGCAUUUUCCGGACAAUAACUGAUUUGUCACGUCUUAAUCCACACUAAGGUCUACUCAUAUGCAUUAUUUAACAUUUGAUUAAGAAAAGAAUGAUCAAAAUAUCAAGGGUAGAUAAUCUCUUAAUUUGGAUUCACUUGGAUUCGAAAGAGGAUCAUCAACAGAUUUUAGUGAAGAUUAUAGGUGGCUCUAGCUUGUUUGGACCAAAUGAUUGUUGACAAGUUUUCAAUUCUUCCUCAUAUCUUUAAAAAUACUGAAUGGAAUUGAAUGAUAUUUGUACUUAUAUUCCUAUUAGAGAUUCAACUUCCAUAGUAUUGUAUUUGCAAGGAAUUCAAAAUUUUUCAAAUGAUGAACAUUAAUUGUGACUAGAGUAGCAUUUUAAUGGUCUAAUAUAAAUACAUUUUGUUUGUUUGUUUGUUUAUUUUAGAUGAAAAAUGUUUACAAACAUUCUUUAUUCUAUAACAAUUCAUAAUAUGGUUAUAUAUGAAACAAUGUUUGGUUCAUAACUAAAAUACUAGUUGUUAUUUGUUUGGGGAUGUGUAAAUAGCUAACAAUUUAUGAUGUACUGUAAAACUUCAUGUAUUAAUCUAGAUAUUUUUGACCAAUAUGAUGUUUGUAAGACUGUUUUAGAUUAUGUAUCUCAAGAACAAAAACUCGCUAUAUUUUCUUUAUAUUUUUGCUCUGUAAUAAUUUCUUUUAAAUCUAAAACUUGGCCUUUAACUAAAAUGUUCCCAUUAAAAUAAACAUUUCAAAUCCAACUAACAGUACCAUUCAAAGGUAGCUGGUUGUAUCCUUGCUCAAUCAGCCAAUAUUCUGAUAGAUGCUGCGAUGCAGUUAUUUGUAAUGAUUGUGUCCUUAUCCAAUAUAUAUCAGAAAUCUUAUUACCCCAAGGUAUUUUGGAAUAUUUUUUGCUGAAGACUCAGAGUCUACUAGAAAAUCCUGGCGCUACCACUGAACUUAUACAUGUAUAUGUAUAUAUUAAAUGGGCAUUUUAGCAAUACACCAGUGAUAAUUUCCAGUACUUAUAUAAGCAUAAUGUUGUAAUUGGUUGGGCAUUCCAGCUUAUUGUAUAUAGUAGCUAGUGUCUUUAUAGGUCUUCUUGAAUUAAACAAAGCUUGUCCUGUGUAUGUGCCAGGCCUUAUUUAGUUAAUAAUUUUGAUAGUAAUUUUUGAUGUAUAAUCAUAUUGAUUGGUAAAUAUAUUGUAUUUUGUUAUCAGUGAAUGAGGGUUUGGUUACAUGUAUUUCCUAUAUCCUGCUCUUAUCCUUUCUGUGGCAUUCUUUGUUUAUUUUUAUUUUCUUGAUUCUUUUGAAUUUUUCAAUACUUUUGUCUAUAAUGAUCUCCACAACCCCCUUAGGUCAUAUUCCCCUGGUAAUGAAAUUUAAAGUGAGAGCUGUGGGUGUUGGAAAUUAUUAAAAAGUUCUGAAUGAUAUUUAUUCUUUAUUUGAUGAAAUGGACAAAGUGACAAAAUCCCAAUGAUUAUUUUUAUUAUUUAAAUUAUGGACAAAUAAAAUUGUAUAUAAUAAUUUUGAAGAGUUUAAUUUAAAUAAUUGCCAGAUGUUGAUGUAACCACUUAAAAAUUCAAGUUAAUGGAUGUAUUUUGAAUAGUCUUUACUAAUAGCAUGGACCUUGCACUAACAAGUAUUAGAAUUCAAAUAAAUUUGAGAAUAUAUAUCUUAUAUUUGGUUUAAGUGCUUCCAUUAAUACUAUUAUAAAAACCCAUGCUAUGUGUUUAUUCAAUCUGAUUAAAACACAGAUCCUAUUCUGUUUCGUUUUUAUAGUUCAAAAUUUUGUUUUACUUGACCUCACAACAGUAGGAUCUGGAAGAGUCUUCAUAUAGUGUAGGCCAUUGAGAGUAAAAAAACGAAAUGAAAUAUAGAUCUGUAUUUUAAUUAGAUUGCGUAUUUAUUAUUUGUAUGUUAUGUUUUAUAUUAUCAAUAUUGAUGACUUCUAUUAUUUGUUUAGUGGCUGUUUGUAUAAAACAAGGCACAGAAAUAAAAUACUCAUAAUGGUUCAAUUUAAA